CGACCUUUUUUUUCAUUACUACUUGCGGAUAAGGCCAACAAGCCAGCUUAUCCACAUACAUAAACUCCCUAUCAACGACCCUCAGUCCCCUAAAAACAUUCUUAACAACAAACUUGUCUGUCUCCUUCUACUAACACACACAUUCCUUCCACCUUCAAACUUUUAACUUUUAAUUCACAUUACCAAGAUAGAUAGUCUUCUAUAAUACCCGAUUAAGCAACCUCUCACCUGAAACAGCUCGAUUUCCUAAGGAAAUCGACGCAACAGCCACAUAUAUCAUGGAGCUCGAUCCUAAGUACGACCAAUAUGACUAUCCUACCACCGCCCCUGUAGCGAAGCCUGGCCAUCCUGGCCACUUGAGCGAGGGCCAGCAAGCUCAGGUUCAUCAGCUACGCAUGCUACUUGAGUCUGAAGGUUAUACUAAGAGGCUGGAUACUCUGACAUUGCUGCGUUUCCUGCGAGCUCGAAAGUUCGACGUUAAUCUGGCCAAGAAGAUGUUCGUCGAUACCGAAAACUGGCGAAAGACGCUCCUGUACGCCGGACAGCCCCUUAAAAUCGACGGUCGGACUAUCUCUCUUGACGAAGAGAUAGGCCAGUGGGACAAAGACGGGUCCUUCAAGCAGAAGGUGUCCAAGUACUACCCUCAGUAUUACCACAAGACAGACAAGGACGGCCGACCGGUGUACAUCGAGCAACUCGGCAAGAUCGAUCUCACUGCCAUGAAGAACGAAGGGAUCGAGUACGAGCACAUGUUGGUCAACUUGGCCGUUGAGUACGAGAAGAUGGCGGACCCGCGAUUACCUGCUUGCUCGCGCAAGGCCGGCCAACUGCUCGAGACGUCCUGCACCAUCAUGGACUUCAACGGCGUCGGUUUCGGCAACGCGCGCCAGGUCUUCGGCUACAUCCAAGAGGCGUCCGGCAUGAGCCAAAACUACUACCCAGAGCGUCUCGGCCGCAUGUACCUCAUCAACACCAACUGGCUGUUCACCGGCGUCUGGCGUAUGAUCCGUCCCCUGCUCGACCCCGUCACAGUCGAGAAGAUCCACGUCCUCGGUGGCAACUACCAGAAGGAACUUCUGGCCCAGAUCCCCACCGAGAACCUGCCCAAGGAGUUUGGCGGCACCUGCCAGUGCGAGGGCGGCUGCCAUCUCAGCAACGCGGGUCCGUGGAACGAUGGCCAGUUCGCGAAGCCCGCCUGGUGGGAGAAGAGCGACGGGGCGAUAGAGAACAGGCCGACGGAAAUCGGCCACGGUGCGGGUGCUGCUCCGGGUGACGCUACCGCCACAGAGGUAGCCGGAGCUACGACACCUGCGCCGGCUGCUGCGUAGAGAGGAAAACAAACAUACGGAGAUGUUACAUUUGUAUACGAAGAAAGGGUGAGCAUAAAGUUUCAGAGGAAGCGGGGAGUCGGUAAGGUGUGAUUAGAUAGGAUCAUUCAAGCACAUGAGGAAGAGAGAGAGAGCUAUUGAAAUCUUCUUGAUCUCGGACGACUUAAGUUAUGUCCCGGGAAAACAUAAAAAAUCUCAUAAUCGCCAAAUUAUUUCCACUUACGGGCGAGACAAGCAGGCCCUUGUGUGAGGGUAAAUAAACUACGUGGCUAUCUUCGAAAACUGUUGGAAGGCAUUUCAGACAUUGAUAUGAUAUAUUUGUAUCUACACAGUUCCAGCUCUUGCUAAUCUAGUCAUUCCCGUAAACUAGAUAUGAUAACUACAUAGAAAGAGAGGUAGUUGGUAGUAGCUGUUGAAUUUGUAGUUGCACAUUCAGAACCAUCUCAUAAAAGUAUGGACUUUUCGACAUUGCAC